AUGGGAAGCCAAACUCUCAAAUUGCUUUGUAAGAUUUCCUACUUUAACAACAGGAUAGCUACCAAAGACAACAGUCUCUGUAUUCUCCUCUUUUUACUAAUCGUUUUGUCCUUUUCUCGUUCUGCAAAUUCGAAGUCUCUGCUUCAUUUGAGAAGGGGUGAUUCUAUAUCUGUCGAAGGCGAUGAUUUCAUCACCUCACCAGAUAAUACAUUUACCUGUGGCUUUUCUGGAAUGGGUAGCAACGCUUAUUGGUUUGCAAUUUGGUUCACCAAUUCCAAAGACAAAACUGUUGUUUGGACAGCCCACCGGGACAUGCCAGUCAAUGGCCAGGGCUCAAGAGUAUCUCUAAGGGGAGAUGGAACCAUGGUCUUGACAGAUGUUGAUGGCAGGAUUAAGUGGCAGACAAAUACAACCAAUACUGAUGUUGCUGCGGCUGAGCUUCUAAAUACAGGCAACCUCGUUUUGAAGAAUCGACAAGGCGAUAUUCUCUGGGAAAGUUUUGAUGUUCCUACUGAUACUCUUUUACCUUCUCAAUUGUUGACAAAGGACAAAAGAUUGAUAUCAUCCUUAAGAAAAGGAAGCUUGGAAUCAGACCUGGCUUGUGAUAUUUGCAUUAAUAAACCUGGAAAUUUGCUCCUUCUGUCCAUAUCCUGA